AUGGGUGAUCACGAGGCGCGCGGUGACGACUUCGAGAAGAAGGCGGAGAAGAAGCUCUCGGGCUGGGGCCUCUUCAGCUCCAAGUACGAGGACGCCGCGGACCUCUUCGACAAGGCUGCGAACUCCUUCAAGCUCGCCAAGAACUGGAGCAGAGCUGCAUCAGUGUACAUUAAGAUUGCUAACUGUCAUUUGAAGGGAGAUAGCAAGCACGAGGCUGCCUCAGCGUAUGUCGAGGCAGCAAAUUGCUACAAAAAGUUCUCACCUCAGGAAGCUGCGCAAGCUCUAAACCAGUCUGUUAAUCUUUUCUUGGAAAUUGGUAGGUUGAACAUGGCUGCAAGAUACAGCAAGGACAUUGGUGAGAUAUAUCAGCAAGAACAAGAUUUAGAGAAGGCUACAGAUUACCUGGAAAGGGCAGCUGACCUUUUUGACAGUGAGGGACAGUCGUCUCAAUCAAACACCAUCAAACAGAAAGUAGCAGAAAUUGCUGCUCAGUUGGAACAGUACCCAAAAGCAACUGAGAUAUUUGAAGCGAUUGCUCGUCAGUCAAUCAACAAUAAUCUUCUUAAGUAUAGUGUCAGAGGAAUUCUCCUUAAUGCUGGCAUCUGCCAACUAUGUAGAGGUGAUCCUGUUGCCAUCAUAAAUUCAUUGGAGCGAUACCAGGAAAUUGACCCGACUUUCUCUGGGACACGUGAAUACAAGCUUUUAGCUGAUCUUGCUGCAUCUAUGGAUGAAGGGGAUGUUGCCAAAUUCACUGAUGCCAUCAAAGAAUUUGAUAGCAUGACACGUCUGGAUCCUUGGAAAACCACCCUGCUGCUCAGGGCGAAGAAUGAGCUGAAGAAAAAGGAGGACGAUGAGGACGACCUUACAUAA